UCUCCCAUUUAAGAUUCCCUACCUUCUAUAACCUGAGAUUCAACCUCUCUUUUGUUUCGCGACAGCAGAGAGUUCUUUUUUUAUUGCUUCCUGGAGCGAAACGAGGGAUACAACUGGGAAGCAUGAAGGCCAAGGGCAAUUACCCCCUCAACCACAAGUUCCUUCUCCUUGGCGUCUUCCUCGCAUUCCUCGUUAUCUUCAUCUUGAGAUCGAGCUUUUCGUCUACCCAUGAUGUCUCCUCUUCCGUUUCGCAAAACUCCACCCUGAAAGCCUCAUCAGAGGCAAGAGCGUCCGACUGCUCGCCGACUUGUUCCAAGAUCCCCAAUCCAUUAGCACAAGCUCUCAUCCACUACACAACCUCGACCAUCACCCCUCAACAAACACUCAAAGAGAUCUCGGUGACUGCCCGAGUCCUCAAAAAGAAAUCCCCGUGCAACUUCCUCGUGUUCGGACUCGGCCACGACAGCCUCAUGUGGAGCUCCCUCAACUACGGUGGGCGAACCAUCUUCCUAGAAGAAGAUGAGGCAUGGAUAGAGCAAAUCAGACGAAGGUUUCCGAUGUUGGAGUCAUAUCACGUGACUUAUGAUAGCAAGGUGAACCAGGCGGAUAACCUAAUGGAGGUAGGGAAGGUGCCGGAGUGCAUGGUUGUCAGCGACCCUAGAUACUCCAUGUGCCAACUCGCACUCAAAGGCUUGCCAACCGAAGUUUACGAGAAACAGUGGGACCUUAUCAUGGUUGAUGCGCCAACAGGAUACUAUGAGGAGGCACCAGGGAGGAUGACGGCGAUAUACACGGCUGGUAUGAUGGCUAGGAAUAGGAAAGAUGGAGAGACGGAUGUGUUUGUCCACGACGUUAACAGGUCUGUGGAAGACAAGUUCUCCAAGGCAUUCUUGUGUGAGGGUUACCUGAAAAAACAGGAAGGGAGGUUGAGGCACUUCACCAUCCCUAGCCACAGGGGCGAGACCAGUAUGCCCUUCUGUCCACUCUAAAUUAGAGGCCAAGUCGAAAUUUUCGGAUAUCUUUCUCAUGGAAUCCGGGUUUUCCAUGUUCAUGGAGUGGCCACAGGGCCACUGACGUGGGUCUAGGACAGAGUUUUGAGCUUAUAAAUAAGCACGUGUGCUGUAGUCCUUACUUGUCACAGGCAUCACUCUUCUCCCUGCAAUGUAAAUGCAUUCGGGCUAUCUCACUUUCAUAGACCAUGUCUGUUUAAAAGCUC